AUGGCGGACUCGCAGCUGAUCUGCCUGGACGACACGCACGUGAACGAGAAGGUGACCGCGGCCCAGGCCAGGUUCUACUACAGCGAGGAGCAGCGCCGGGCGCUGCAGGCGCUGGUCGCCAAGGGCGAGCCGGGCUACCGGGAGCGGCUGCAGGACGGGCAGCUGCGGGACUUCCUCUCCAGCCGCGAGCUGCGAGCCCUGCCGGACGCCUGGCGCCGCUACGAUGCGCACCUGGAGGGCGGCGGCGCCGGCGACGGAGGCGUCUCGCUGGCCUACUGGCCGGAGUGCUCCGACACGGAGGUGCCGCCGCUGGACUUGGGCUGGACGGACAGGAACUUUUACCGGGGCAUCAGCCGGGUGAGUCUCUUCACCCACCCCAGGAAGGAGGAGAACGCGCCGCACCUCAGACAGGUCAUUCGGGAGAUGAUCCAGCAGGCACAUAGGAUCAUUGCAGUGGUAAUGGAUCUGUUUACAGACCGGGACAUCUUCCAGGAUAUUGUGGAUGCAGCAUACAAGCGCCGGAUCCCAGUCUAUAUAAUCCUGGAUGAGGAGGGUGUGAAGUUCUUCCUGGAGAUGUGCAAGUGUAUGAAUCUCAGUAGCUUCCAGAUCCAGAAUAUCCGUGUACGUUUUGUGACGGGAGUUGGGUUCUAUAUGCCAUCAGGUAAGAUCAAAGGCACCUUGGCCUCCCGGUUCCUGAUGGUGGAUGGUGAACAAGUGGCCACUGGGUCCUACAGUUUCACUUGGAGCUCAUCCCACAUCGACAGAAACAUCCUCCUGUUGUUGACAGGGCAGAAUGUGGAGAUGUUUGACAUAGAGUUUCGUGAGCUCUACGCCAUCUCUGAGGAAGUCAAUCUCUACAAGGAGCUGAACAUUGCUAGCCCUUUUCAUUCAGGAGCUGGGAUAUCGGAGCUUCGCUCCUCCACUGUGUCUCGUAAGAUGAUCAACCCCAAGUAUGGUCUAGUGACAAGGCCUGCCCCUGGUGAUAUGUUCUGGGCUUCGCGCCAGAGGCAGGAGUCACAGGGGAAACUGGAAAGGAAUGAGGAGGAAAGUGAGUCAAAGAAGCGGCUGAAUCAGUUUCUGAAUGACUUGGUCACGGUGGAGCAGGUGCUACCAGAAAUUCUGCCACCUCUUGAGAACUUGGGGAGAGUGAACCGGAGUCCCCAGAGAUUGCUCUCCUUUUUCCAUCGGGAUCAGAAACAUAAGUCCAAAUCCAGGGAGUCCAUUCGUGACACCAAGAAGGAUGAGGACGCUGGCAGUUCUGUUGCCAACGGGGAAGCCAACUCCAAGCAGGGUAAAAUGAACCCAAACUCUUCCACAGGGGAUAAAACCAAACGGUCAGCCUGUGUGAUGUCUUGAUCUGGAAGGAAUGUCAGGAGAAUUGAAGACCCCAAAAGAGCAUUUGAUGGAACGUAUGACUUCUUACCCAUUUAAAACCUGCAGACUUGUUCUCACACAAAUGAUCUUUCAAACCAUUGUAAUGUCCGGGAUGCAGCUUGCACCUCCAAUGAAAGCACAAGUGUUGCACAAAGCAUAAAAAUGUGGGUGGUUCCUACAUAAGGAUUAGCGGUGAAAGUGUUAAUGUCAAUAUUUAACUGUGAUAAUUGGAACUCGGAGCUAAACCCGCACUGAGAUGAAUGCAGGGGAGCUUUCCACUUCUUAAUGCAGCUAUUUCAAUCUAUCUAGCUACAGACUCAAAAGGACAGCAUUGCAUCAUUUGGGAGAAAACUGUGAAAUCUGCAGAUCAUGUGGAUUUUCCUUUUCCAUGAAUUUCUAUAGACUUCUGUUAUCAGCAGGGACAGCUAGAAGAUUCAGUGGAUGAAGAAUGUGGAUUUGGCUGGAAGAGACCAGGGGGUUAGUAUGCUAGCUCUUCACUUCAUGUCAACUGAGAUGAAUGAUUUGGUGGUAAUUUCCCCUCAGGAGAAGACAAGGUUUGGAAUAUAAGGGAAUGCUUCAGACCAAGACUGAGGUGCGUGUGAGGUCCCAGACCUGGGAUAAGCAAGGAGUGCUGCAAGAUUAUACAGGGCCACAGGAGGUGAAUCAUAAAAUCAGUUUAAUCAUUAAUUCCAUGCCAUCUUGAUCUUAAUGGAAAGUGAGUAAGUAAAGGAACGCAUCUUGGCGGCUGAAAAGACAAGGAGAGAUGGGUGAAAGUUUCAAACUUCUGGCUUACUUUCCAUUUUUAGUUAACCUCCCCCUUCCAAAUGCAUAAAAAUAGAGGUCCCCAUCCCAUAAAUAUAUGGAGACACCAGUUAUUGUGCACACCCCCAUUGGAUUCAUUCAGUUUUUGGACUAGCAUUUUGUACUGAUGUGUUUGAGUGAAUUUUUGCAGGUCAGUGAUUUGUAAGAAAAAUACAUCAUAAUGGUAAAUAACCACCUACAUACAAAUAAUAUAUUUUUAGUAACACGUUAUUGAACACAGCAAAGGAAAUAUGGUUUCUUUAAUGAAAAUGAACAAAGUUCAGCACACAUUCCGGUUGUACUUGGAAUUUGUAGCAAAGAACACCCACCCAGAAAUAAACUAUCCCGACCAUUCUGCUGGGUCUUUGAUCACUGUGAUUGUAUGAUGAGGGAGUUUCCUGCAACUGAUAAAAUCUGGUCAAUUGAACAUAAGAAUGGCCAUAUUGGGUCAGACCAAUUGUCCAUUUAGCCCAGUAUCCUGUCUUCUGAGAGUAGCCAAUGCCAGGUGCUCCAGAGGGAAUGAACAGAGCAGGUGGUAAUCAAGUGAUCCAUUCCCUGUUGCUCAUUCACAGCUUUUGGUAAACCGAGGCUAGGGACACCAUCCCUGCCCAUCUUGGCUAAUAGCCAUUGAUGGACCUAUCCUCCAGGAAUUUAUCUAGUUCUUUUUGAACCCUGUUAUGGUCUUGGCCUUCACAACAUCCUCUGGCAAGGAGUUCCACAGGUUGACUGUGUGUUGUGUGAAGAAAUACUUCCUUUUGUUUGUUUUAAGCCUGCUGCCUAUUAAUUUCAUUUGGUGACCCUUAGUUCUUGUGUUAUGAAAAGGAGUAAAUAACACUGCCUUAUUUACUUUCUCCACACCAGUCAUGAUUUUAUAUAUCUCAAUCAUAUUCCCCCCUUAGUUGUCUCUUUUCCAAGUUGAAAAGUCCCAGUCUUAUUAAUCUCUCCUCAUAUGGAAGUCAUUCCAUACCCCUAAUUGUGUCCUGUCCAUGGCCGAUGGCCUGCCUGGAAGUUGCUUAUUCUAGCAGAUUUCUUCAUAUCAGCAGGUCUGGUUCUCAGAAAGCAUGGUAGUGGGUUUUGUAUAAGAACAUGAAUGGAAUUCUCUGUCUCUCCCUACUUUUAUUUAUAGGGACAGCAAAUGGGCAUGAGCUGCUACACUAGACAUGUGCAGUAUAUUUAAUAUCAAUGACAAGUGAACUUCUUCUAUUGCUGAACAUGCUCACAAGAACCUCACUUGACCUUAAGCUGGCCAUGGUAUCUUUCCCGCAUUCUAUUAGGUAUGCUCACCCCAAUGUGAGUUGACAAAGUGAUUGCCAGUCAGUAUAGCCAGCCUGGGAACAGAUGGUACCCCUACAACUGGUUCAACCAACUCUAACCUAACAUGCAUCCGACGAAGUGGGUAUUCACCCACAAAAGCUCAUGCUCCAAAACGUCUGUUAGUCUAUAAGGUGCCACAAGACUCUUUGCUGCUUUUACAGAUCCAGACUAACACGGCUACCCCUCUGAUACUCUAAUGUAACAGCAGCUCUUUAUAAAACUUCCCCUUCCCAGUAACACAGCACAGGUAGCAGUUUACACCAUCACUUGAACACAGGAAUAACUUCAUACAUGAGUAGUGCCACUGAAUUAAGCAGGGCUACUCACAUAUGUGAGUAUUUCAGUAUUUGACAUGGCUUGCUCUUUAUAAACUGAGGUGACUUAGUUUGUCUUGGUUGUAUUAUCUUCCUCUUUGUUUGGAGAUUUUUCUCUUUUUACUUGUAUUUGUUUAACUUCAAUCUCUGAUAAAGUAAUUAAGUUAACCAUGGCCAGGAUUGCUUUUCAUACAUUUUCUAAUUGGUCAGACGGUUGUCUGAUUUCAGUCCUCUGGUGCUUCCCUAUUCUCUGUGACCAAGUAUUGUUUUUUAAAACGUGGUUUAAUAAAUACACUAGCUAAUUCACCUAACAACAUGAUGAUUUAAAUAGUCUUUGAUCAAAACCAGAUACAUCUAUUUUAAAGGUCUUCAUUACUAUCCACACAUCUUUUUCUUAUUUUUCUCGUUAAGAGAAACUUAAAAGGAAAUCAAUACCUCAGCCAUUCUUCUGCUGUUAAUGUCAUUCCGGCCUUGGUUAUUAAUGGAUUGAAUUUCUCUUUGGUAUUACUUUUCCCCCUGAUAUAAAAACCCUUAUAUUCUUUAAUCUCACUGGCUAACAUCAACUUGAUCAUCUUGUUUUACUGUACUUAUUUUUCCCUGCAUAUCUUGUCUGACUGUCCAUUUUUGUUUUGUUGUCACACUCAGCUUCCACGUACAAUUUUUUGGUCUGUUUUUCUUCCAGUUUUUAUUAGCCUCAGGAAUUAGUUUUAUGCCUUAUCUCUGGAGUCCGAUAGGACUCUUCAGCCUUAUUAUACAAAACUAGAUUUUAAUAAUAUUUAUUAGAUUUCUUAAUUUCCACUAAACUUGCUGUCUUGCACUCUAAUGCUGCAUCUUCUGAACCCAUUCCUUAACAAUGUCAGUGGAACAUUUCUGGGAUGCAGACAGCCUGGAUCUGCUGGGCUGUCUUCUCUCAAAUGCAAAGCUGAAUGUUUCAGCAUGCCAGGUUACUUAUUUCUACACUGCAGAUAAGUCUGGUUGUUCCCAUAGCAAUAGGUCUGUGCAUGGGUGAGAUAAUCCUGAUUUAUUCUGACCAACCACAUUUAAUGUGGUUCUCAAGGUGCUAGGGGAAUUCAGGGCCUGCAACUUGUGAAAUGGACCCUUGCCCCUCUGGUGGAUAAAAUAUAGUUGGGAGGUGGGUAGGGAUAUGUGCAAAGAUAGUCAGCACCUCGUUACGGGAGGGCAAGAUGGCAGCAGUUCUCAAUGAACCUAGGGUGGGCUCUUGCUCGACAAGCCAUCUUUUGAUGCUGAUAUUGCCAAUUAGAACCAUGUGUCUAACCUUCCUUUUUGAGAAGAUUACUUGAGAAGAUUGCAAGAAAGUAACUCUAGCACUUUUUGGAGUCUAUUUCCUUGACCCCGGUCAAUCCAAUGAGAGUGCCUCAACUCUGGAACUUGCUUCCCCUUUGGUCCAGCAGAGCCAGAGUUCACUGAUCUUCCUGGCACAUCAUGAAGCCUAUCUUUAUGCACAGCCUUUUGCUAUGGGGUAACAAAAUUGGGGCUCUCUCUCUUUUCUGGGAGAGACUGAGUCCUUUGGUUGACAUUGUGGUAAUUUAUUGUACAUAUUUGUGUCUUUAAUGUGUACAUGUGCCAAGGAAUC